ACGACUUCCGAGAGGGAUGUGUUUGAAUUUCCGAGGGGGUCGUGAAGGCAGCACUGAUCCUGGCAGCCUACCUCUUCAUCACUAAGGUGUAUCUCUCGUGUGAGCUGCCGCCGCUGGGCUGCUGCUGUCGGCGUGUGUUCUUGCUGCGCACCGGAGGAUUACAGCGUGGUUCUCACCUGUUACCGUCAUACAGACACUUUAUAUCUCACCUCGUGCAUCUACCUGCAUGGCAGACGUCAUGGAUUCAAAAAUGAGCAGUUUGAGGGCGUUUAAGGAACCAUUUGACAGAAGCAGCUCUGAACCUGUGGAGGACACAGACACCACCAGCUUUGUGGCCGAAUUUUCCCUGGAGGCCAAUUAUCCGGUGCAGGUGACGGAUCCUAAUGAUGCUGUGACACUCCACCUGAGCUCCAUGCCCUCUGGAUUCCUGAGCCCCUCAGACAGAAUAAGACAGCCAGUUCAAGAUGUUGAAGAAUGCACCUGCCCAACAUCUACUUCACCAGACCACCCCAAAGAGCUGCAGUUACUAAGCAGCCCCUGUGAAAAGUGCCGCCGCCCGGCACCUCCACCCAAGAUAAGUGAUCUCAUGAACGACAAAGAUCUCCUGGACUCGUUGCGGCUCAAGCUGGACCCGAAUCACUGCACCAUCAAAAACUGGAAGAACUUUGCGAGUCGCUGGGGGAUGAGCUACGAUGAACUGACCCUGCUGGAGCACCGGACCCAGGGCUCCUUGUCCCAGAGCCCCACCCAGGAGUUCCUGCUGCGCUACAACCAGAAGACGGUCACUGAGCUCACCGAACUUUGCCGCAUCUACCAGCGCAUCGAUGUGCUGCGACUGCUGCAGAGCUGGAUAGAGAAAGACUGGCCGUCACGCUGGCAACAGGCUCAUUAACGUGUUCACCUUCUGUCAGGGCUGUGCUUCGUCUUCUUCUUCAUACCAUGUUUAUCAUUAGUAACUUUAGUAAGUGAUCUUAAGAAAAAGAACAACAGACAGAAGAGUACGGCUGAUGAACAGCGUGGUUUUCUGUGUUAGCCGUGCUGACUCCGUGGAUGUUGUUCAUCCUGUCGGUUGCUCCUCCACUUUGGUCCAGACUGAAGUAUUUUAAACAACUGUUAGAUGGAGUACCAUGACAAUAACCUCAAUUUCUCCAUUUGGGAUCAAUUAAUGCUAUCUUCUGAUUCAUGGUCCCCAGGGCAUGAAUCCUAUGACUUUGGGGAGCCACUUUUCCUAUAGCGCCAUCAGCAGGUCAAAAGGUUCUCUUAUCCAGUGUUAUAUCCCAACGUUCACUCGAUGGAUUGGGACACAUUUGUACAGACGCUCAUGGUUCCUAGAGGAUGUAUCCUAACGACUGGCCAUCUCCUGACUAGCACAACUAAAAGGUUGACAUUUAUAGUUUUGAGCGCAAUGCCUCAACAACUAUUGGAUGGUUUGCCAAAGAAUUUGGUGCGGGCAUUCAUGUUCCCCGCGGGAUGAAUUGUAAUUAAUUUGGGGAUCUUCUGCUUUUUUUCUGCAGCGCCAUCAUCAGUUAAAAGAUCGUAUUUGUCCAACUCUGGUUUUCAACCUAAUUCUUGCUGAAGUCAAGUGUGUUAAGGGAUAAUUAGCAAAUAUUAGCAUUCUAAAUGUAUGAUGGUGAACAUACCUUCUGAACAUCGGCAUGUUAGCAUCUUCCUCAUGCGCAUGUUAGCAUGCUGAUGUUAGCAUUUAGAUCAAAGUACCCAAGUAUUUACAGAGCCGUUAGCGUGGCUGUAGACUCGUAUUCAUGUGCAUAUGGCUGCAUUGGUCUUGAGGGAAUGUCCGAGUAUUUAUUUUUUAUUAUGUAUGUUGUUUUAUAUUUGGAAUUAAAACUCAUGCUCAUACAACUAAGACGCCAUGUUAGCAGAUAUAGGUCACAACCUUUGAGUGAUCAUGACAUCGUGUGUCUUUGUUACUAUUGUUCUAUUGUUGCAUCCAGUGGGGCGCUUAUACUCACAACCAUAAUAUUAAUUUCAUAGAUAUCUCCUAAAUUUUGUUUAACCAGAAGAUAUUCUACAAACUAAAUAAAAAAAUGUAAUGUUAAAUUUGCCAACCAAAACUACUGUUAAAACCUUUGCUCGCCUCCAUGUUAUUUGUUAUUCAGUUUGUUUUUUCAGGUUUGAAGAAACAAGACAAUUCUAUUUUUUUAUUGCACUAGUUUUGUUAGUAUGAAAUAAAUGCAUGUCAAACUCUGUAAAAGCUUUAGUCAUUUUCAAAGGAAAACUAAGAAGCGACUUCAACCUCAAAGGAAAAACAGGCCCAUUUUUUUUUGAAUAAGGAAUUAUAUUUUUAUAUUUUUUAAACUUAUUUAUCAGCAACGCUUUGCAUUAUAACAGCUCAUUAAUUCCUAAAUAUUUUCCAUAAGGUUCCUGGAAAGAAUGUUCUUGUUGGUGCAUUUCCAGUUGAUUAAUGCUAUUGCUUUCUACAGACAUUUUAUUCAGCUUAAUGUAGGUUAGCUGAAAGAGCUUUUAAUAAGUAAGCAUACAGAUCAACUUAUGUGGAGUACAUUUUACAAUAAUACAUAUUUUAAUCACAUUUAUUUGGGUUAUAUUUUAAGGACAUUCCUUUUUUACCAAUAAUUUGGAUUUUUUUAAAGAGGUUUCCCAUAAAUGUCUUUGAUAAACACGGAUUUGUAAAUGAAUAAGUUGUAAAGGCAUCUUAUUCAUUUUCAUACAUUAAUUUACUUUGCAUACAAACCAACAAAUCAUCAGUUGUAUCUUUUUGGUAAAGAAUCACAAGUACACACAAUUAUCUUAUCAAGUAAAGAUGUUAAGGUAAAGUAAUGCAUUUCUUAGAAACUUGUGAUCACAUGCAAUACUAAUAAGUAACAUACUUCCAAAUCAACAAU